GCCAACCCUACCAGGACUGGAGCCCACAGAUGCACUUGCCACAGGAAAGAGGCCCCUAUAUGCAACCAGGGGCCCCGCACGUUCAGCAUCCACAAGACAAGGACCAGCAACCGAAGAAACCAUUGGAAAGGGGCCCCUUUAUGCAGCUGGAGGUCCCACAUAUGCAGCAUCUUCAGGACAAGGAGCAGCAACUUCAGAAACCACUGGAAAGGGGCCCCUUUUUGUUACAAGGGGCCCCACAUAUGCAGCAACCCCAAAACAAGGACCAGCAACUUCAGAAACCACUGGAAAGGGGCUCUUUUAUGCAGUCAGGGGCCCUACGCCUCCAGAAUCCACAGGACAACGACCAGCAACAGCAGAAACCACUUGAAAGGGGCCCCUUUAUGCAGCUGGGGGUCCCACACAUCCAGGACAAGGACCAGCAGCAGGACGCACCCCAAGAGGGGGAUCUCCAGCCUCAGUCCCACCAUGACAAGGGCCCAGAAUCACAACCCCAAAAGGACAAGGGCCCCCAGCCGCAACAGGCCAAGGAGAAGGGCCCCCAGAAGGAGAAGGCCCCCAGCGCCGGCCCUCCUACGGUGAAGCGCCCCAUGAAUGCCUUCAUGGUGUGGUCCAGCGAGGAGAGGAAGAGGGUGUCCGCGCAGUACCCCAAAAUGCACAAUUCCGAGAUCAGCCGGAGGUUAGGAGAAGUCUGGAGGGGCCUCACCGAGGAGGACCGGAGACCCUACCGGGAGGAGGCUAAGAGACUGCGGGUGCAGCACGCCCGGGACCACCCGGGGUACAAAUACACCCCCCGCAAGAAGAAGAAGGUGGAGCCAUGCACCAAGGUAUCACCUAUCCCAAAAACCGACCACACGCUGUGCAAUCUGACUGAACAAUUGUCUUUAGAUCUGCCAGCAAUGUAG